AAGAGACCUUGAGAGAAAGGAAACAUGAACUAGUGAUUCAAUGGUCCCGUUAUAUUUAAUUCAUCAGUGUGAGGCCAGGUGCUCUUUCAGUACUACAGAGGAGGGACAGACAUCCCUUUGCAAGCCAGCUUCUAUCUGAAAUGCUAAAAACAGCAAGUGAGCAAAGGCUUCAUACAUAAAAGCCGCUGUCUAGCAUAAUGGCCACAGACAUAUUCAGUGCAACUCCUACUCCAUUUUACAACUGCACAACACAUCAAGCCCAGGAAAAGGAAAACAGGCACACUGCACAGCUCGAGAUGUAUGAGCACAGCCUUGCCUAUUUCAAUUCAAAGACAGUCGAGGAUCACCAGUCUCUGUAAUUACAAAGAGUGUUGUUAGCAGUUUAACAAAGUUCCUGCUCCCAUGUGUUAGAAGGGUAUACUUUUGAAAAACAAAUCAAAGGGACUUAUACUGUAUAUCUCAUCAGUACCUACAUGUCUUUGCAUGUGAAGCCUGCGUCUUGAAACUCAGGAGACAUUUUUAUGUGUCUUAGAGUGUACUGCUUUUGGGGGGGUCUUUCUGAUGAUCACUAGGUGUUAUAGUUACCCAGGUCCUGAGCAUCAGACAGAGUCAUACAAAAUCUAGGGUUUGUCUCUUUGUCCAGACAUGACACGGAGUUAUGGAGUAUUGUUAAUAAUGUUUAAGAAUAUUCCAAAUCAGAGGGAAAUGGAAAGUGACAAAAAGAAAGAAAAUUCAUUGCACUGUCCAGUUUAUCCCUGAUAAUGCACACCGUCCAGUUGUUCUUUUUGUGAAACACAUCUGUGCUGUCAGGAACUGGAAUACACAAUAGCCCUGUGUCACAUGGGGUAAUUUUCGAGGCAUUGCGUCCCGGUUUUGAAAACUUUGAUUUCUUCUGUUCCUCCAUCCCUUCGAAGGCUGAAGUGUUGUGACCGUGUCCCAGUGGUUUAGUGACAAAGAUUGGGGUCCCAGAGAUUAGGGACAUGGGUCUUCUCUUCCAGGUUUCCCAGAGUUCCCUGCCAUCAGUUCUACUGAGUGACCCCGCAGGUCCAUCAGUUACUCCUUCCGCACUGACAUGGCAGAACGAAGAGCAAAAACAAUCUUCUGGAAGCUUAUUUUAAAAGCACUGUGAUGGGAGGCAGAGUGAGUGGAGCUCCAUUGUUACAGUCCAACGUUGUCUUUGUGUUUAAUUGAUCCACCUACAGCUAUCACUCUGUCUCCCUCACACACACACUCUCUCUCUCUCUCAAUACUCCUCUCUCCCUCUCUCUCUCUGAGCAGAGAGCAGCUCUUCAGUACCUCGAAGGUCUCCAGUUCCUCAGCACCCCCGAUCGCAGGGUAAUCGAAAUCGCGUUUGUCAGAACUGUGAACCAGCCUCACACAGCGCAAACAAGAAUACAGCCGUUGUCUGAGGGGGGACAUUUGCAGCUUCAUUGAGGCCUGUUCUGACCAGCUCUGGAACAGAAACACCUUCGGUUCUGCAUGCUGAAGCCUGGAUACCUGUAACACUUAACCUCUCGUCCACCGGCCUGGUUGCACUCAACAGCUUCACAGCUCAACGUCUUCAUUUAUAUUGCGACAACAAGGACUUUUCCUAAACAGUGCAGAGCAGAGCUGAGGUCUUUAGUAUUUUGAAAGCUGUGCAAGAAUGAUAGAAGAAGUACAUGACUCCAAAGCCUGGGCAACAUUUAGCGAAGCAACAAUGAAGUGGAUUUAAAUUACGCCUUUGGUUGUCUCUGUUAUCUCAUCUGUUUUUUUUAAGGCACUUAAGACUUCUCAAUUUGUCUUGUUUUCUGGAGAUGUGAUCUGGAUUCCCUCAGAUGCCUCAGUUUUAAUGGGAAUGAUAUUCAAAAUCAAAUGAUCAGCCACACUACGGAAAGCAUAUGCCCAGUAUCUAGACCUAGACUAGAACAAAUUACUACACUUACUAAAAACUCCAAAGAAACUGUUCGAUGAUAAUCUGUGGGAAGUGAAGAGGUGGUGCCUUUAAUUAGACGGCAUUUGAACCCUAUUUAAAUUGAAGUGAAGAGCCCUGUGUUCCCCAGCUGGUUCGCUCAGCUCUGACAACUGGACUAUCUGACUCCUGUUGCUCUGAGUUGCUGAAUAAUUGACUCGCAGCUCCUGAGAGGCAGGUGUGAGGAGGAGAGGUCAGGCGGGGAGGAAGCAGGAGGUGGGAGAGAGACAAAGCAAAGCGAGGGAGGAGAGCGAGAGGAAAGGGUCGGCUGGCACUGAGCUGGGAGACGUGGUAGCGGCGUGUCACCCUAGCCAGGCUCCGAGAGGGGGCAGCCAUGAACACGGGCCUGCAGCUCAUCAGCUUCAUCUGCGCGGUGACGGGGUGGGUGAUGGCCAUCGCGGUCACAGCCCUGCCGCAGUGGAAAGUGACGGCGUUCAUCGGCAACAACAUCCUGACCUCGGAGAUCGUCUGGGAGGGCAUCUGGAUGAACUGCGUCUACCAGGCGACGGGGCAGAUGCAGUGCAAGACCUACGACUCCAUGCUGGCCCUCCCGCCCAACAUCCAGGCGGCGCGGGCCCUGAUGUGCCUGUCCAUCUUCCUGGGCUGGCUCUCCUGCACCGUGUCCUGCUGUGGCAUGAAGUGCACCACCUGCGCCGGGGACGACAAGCAGACCAAGGCCGGCAUCGCCCUGACCGGCGGGGUCCUGUUCAUCGUCACGGGCCUCUGCGUGCUCAUCCCCGUCUCCUGGACCGCCCACACGGUCGUCAGCGACUUCAAUAACCCCAUGGUGCCCGCCGUCCACAAGCGGGAGCUGGGGCAGGCCAUCUACCUGGGCUGGGCGGCCGCCGUCAUCCUCAUGCUGAGCGGCGCCGUGCUCUGCAGCACCUGCCCGCAGGGCCUGCGGCACGACUACCGCCGGGGGUACGCCCGCAACUUCACCGGGGGCCGCGCCUCCGCUCCGCCACCCCAGCCCAUCUCCACCUCCAGCCUGCCCAUGAAGGAGUACGUCUGACCCAGGGCUGAGAUCCUGGCUUCUGUUCAGGAGAACUGUGCUGUUACAGGCUCUCUCUCAAUGGUAAGGAAUCAGAACUGGGGCCGAAAUCGUCAAUUUAUUAAUUGGAGAGCUAAUUAACAUGCACCGCUUUGAAACCCAUCUAGCCCACUGCUACUCUCUGUUGCAACUAUUUCCUUUAAAUUCAGCUACUAAGGUUUGCAGGACUGAAUGAUAUGAGAAGGGCAAUGUGAUACAGCCAUACUAAGGCAUGCCUGUACUGUGAACCCUUAUGGGCUGUGACAACCGGCUUACAAAAUCCGGUCAAGAAGAAGCACAAUAAAUAAAUAAAAAAGUCAGAUCCUGUUCUCGUUCACUGAGAAAAAAACUUUUUUUUUCCCCAUUUGUGAUCAUAACCCGAAGCAUCUCUUCACACAGAAUUAUCGAUGAGCGACGAGAGUCUCUCCUCGGCAACGCUAACACGCUAACAUUUCAAACUAAAUUCUGUUCGCUGAUGAAACUGUGUUUUUUUCCCCAGGAUGUGCUCAAUCCAGUUUUCCCUGGGAACAUGGUUUUGUGACCCGCAAAAAAACAACAAAAAGCUUAUUAAAAAAGAAAAGAAACAACACGCACCAUCGUUAAGAGACUUCAAAGGAACGUUUUCUCUUUCUGUAAAACACCUUCAGAAUGCAAUAUUUGUAAGGAGAAAACGUUUCAGUCCGAUAACUUUUCUGUGUGAUGUCAUACCGUAGUUCCCACCUAUUUUUUCAAACGUUUCAAUUGCUGCAUUGAUAUAGGUGUUUUUGUCUGUUCACCUCUUAAUACUGUAAAUCAGGCAGCACUAGUUAGAGAUUCAUUUUAGCUGUUACCAACGUUUGUCACACGGCAAACCUUUUUUUCAGAAUAAGCCAGUUCCUGGACAAAAUAGAGACAACAUUUCUUCUUCUGAAGGUUUCUUUACCACUGUUAAUACGAGGACAAUUACCAGAUCGAUAACAACGUUCUCAUGUAAAACUCCGUAUACAGGACUUUUUGCAAUGUAAAGACGAGAUUUCACGUGCCAUUUUUCCUACCAUAGUUUUUGUUGUAAUUGGAAGUGUUUAAAAGGUCCAAGCCAAAUUAUCAAAAUGGUCUGGGACUUUAAUCCCUUACGAGCUGUCAGAGCUGGAGUAUCAGAAGUUAUUUAUAAUGUAUACAUUUCAGAAUUACGGUAAACAUAACCCCAAACUGUACAACUGCAGUCUGCAUUACUGACCUCAUCGUGCAGUUACAUCAAGCUUAGAAGAAAAAAACACAGAACAUCCUAAACAUUUACCAUCACUCUUAAAUUUACUCUUACAUUUCUUUUUGUAGUAACAGAACAACAUAAUGACAUAAACCAGUCACUCUUCAAAUUAAAUGAACUCAGCUAAAUUAAGGGUUUCUACAGGUAGGUUCAGUGUUUGAUUUAAACUUUGUAACAUUAAGAGGUAUGUCUUUUAACAUUAAAUAAUAUUAAGUGUGAGUCUUUUAAGCAGAAGCUUACUGUGCUGGUGACUAAAGGAAUAUGGUUCUGCGUCAUUUAGCAAACAGAAAUAAUCAAUCUUUCUAUCUAAUGUAUUUUAAAAUAUGGGUUACACAUAUAGUGCUAAUAUACUGUUACCUUUUGUAAUUAAAAGUAUGGCAAGUUACAUUUCUAUUUUCAGAUUUAUUUUUCAAAUGACAAUGAUAUAAUUCUGAUUUAAUCUGUGAAUUUGUAGCCAGUGAUAAUCAGAGUUUUUUUUAAUAGUAUGACAGUGACCAAAGCUUCUUGCCUCUGGGAUAUAUCUCUGCAAUGGAUAUAAAUAUUAUAUAUACUGUAUAUAUAAAUAUUUACUGCUCAACCAGCAGAACUGCUUUCCUGAGGGAAAUAUCUACUGGAACCUAGGAUUCUCAUUGCAGGUUUUCAAUUUCCCUGAAAUUCUCCUGAUUUCCAUGCAUGUAAUUCCAUCCAUCCAUUCUUUUCCCAACCACUUCAUCCAGCGGGGGAGCCAGAGCCUAUCCCAGAAAGCAAUGGGCACAAUUCAUGCUAUGAAACUGUGAAAAUGCUCAUUUUAUUGCCUCACAAACCUGCUCCUAUUUGUAAUAAUUUCUGAUUUAUUCUGACAGAAUCCACCCCUCUAUUAUCAGAAGGAGACUUUUUUUUCUGGAAAGAGUUGUGGCAACCAAAGUACAGGGCACAAAGCAAAUACUACUACUACUGCAAUUACUGCUACUAAUAAAAGGGUGGCAUAGCGGUGCUGUGGUUACUAUUGUUGCCUUGCAAUGCUGGGACCCUGGGUUCAAUUCCAGACCUGGGGUGCUGUCUCUAUGACAUUGGCAUGUUCUCCCCA